AUGACAGAGCCAGAGGGGACACGGAUCUCAGAAACAAAGGUGGGGGCCCAGCAGGGGGUGCUGGGGGGACAGGGGGCGGUGCCUCACAACCCUCCCCCUCUUGGAGUGACAGAUUCUAUGAAGGAGGUGAGAGGUGGCAACGAGUUCAUCGACUUGGAGAAGGCAUUCGACUGUGUCCCCCAGCGUGUCCUGUGGGAGGUGCUGCAGGAGUAUAGGGUGUCUGGCCCAUUGCUAUGGGCCAUUCGAUCCUUAUACAACCGUUGCAAGAGCUUGGUCCGCAUAGCCGGCAAUAAAUCUGAAUCAUUUCCGAAUUUUGAGUUUGAAGCGGUGGGAACAAGAAUCAGCACCUCCAAAUCUGAGGCCAUGGUCCUCAGCCGAAAAAGGGUGGAGUGUACUCUCUGGUUCAGGGACGAGUUCCUGCCUCAAGGGGAGGAGUUUAUGUUGAGGAUCGCAGAUGCCAACAAACUUAAUAAACUGAUCCACAAGGCCAAUAAUGUUGUGGGGAUGGAGCUGGACUCCCUUAAGGUGGUGUCAGAGAGGCAGAUGUUGUCCAAGAUACGGACAAUGCUGGACAACACCUCCCACCCACUCCAUGAUGUGCUGGCCAGGACAAGGAGGAAGAGAGGGACUCAACUGAGCCCGUUCAAAGUGCCAGACGGCAACAGCAUUUUUCUGCUGUGUGUAAACGAAAGAGAGGACCGUAAAGAGGAAAUGCGUAAAUUCCUGGCUCUGCCAAUUGAUGAGAAGACAACCCACGCUGCAAGAGUGACGGCCAAGCUGAAGAAUGAGCUGGUGGGAGAACUGGAGGACGAGGCGGAGGAAGAGAAGAAGGGGGGGAAUGAGAAGAUGAAGAAUCUAAAACCAAUCAAGAGUAGGACAGCUCCCACUAAGCAAACAUCUGGUGGACGAAUGAAACAAGAAAAAGUAACAAAAGACAACAAGCAUGCCUUAAUCUCCCUGGAACGACAGAAAGCUGUGUUGGAGUUAUCCGUGAUGACAAAGAGGUCUGAGAUUUUGAGGAUGGACGAGGCCAUAGCAAAAGAAGAGAAGUUGCUGAAACACCUGGAGCGGAGCACUGAGAGGGACAACGUCAGAUUUGAAGAGUUUCUCAGGGAGAAUGAGAAGAAGUCUGUGGAGGCCAGAACGCUGUAUGAACAGGAGGCCAGGUCAACACAGGAGAAGAACAAUGAAAUCAGGAGGCUAACUGCUGAAAUACUCACCAUAAAAAGUGAACUUGCCAGGUUUGAAGAAAUCCUGGUAGACUACAAGAGUUAUAAGGACCUUCUAUUCAAGCUGUCUCCUCCAGAGUGGCAGGAGGCCCAGAGGUCAAAGGUUAUGUCUGGUAAAGGCACCAAGGAGGACCAGAACAGGGAGCUUAAAGACACUGCUAUUAGGAAUGGUUUGGAGACUCCAGGCAGACAGCUGACGUCCAUCCAGGAGACCAGGCUGUCCCCAGCCCACAGUGACAGUCUAGUCACAGAUCCUACAUUGGACAGUGACAGCUCAGAUUAUGAGGAUGAGCCAGAGCUGUAUUUCACUGAUCCCCAGCAGCUGCUGGAUCUGAUGACAGAGCUGACGGAGCAGAACCUGUCCCUGAUUCAGAACUCUACGAGAGUGGAGGAGACUCUGGAGCAGCUCCAACAGUCCUUGAAAACAACCAAGAAGAAUCAUGAAAAGGAUGAAGAACAAAUUACAAUGCAGAUAAAUGAAAUGAAGGAGAGAAUCGAGAAGGAGAAGGCGAGAGGAGCCAGGCUUGAGCGGAAGGUCCUUCUCCACGUGUCCCUGAAUACACAGGACCAGGAUGUGUUGCUGGAUGCUCUGAGCGAGAAGGUGGCAGAGGUGCACCGCAGCUGCGUGGAUGACAGGAUGACAAAACUAAACACUUUGGAGAAGCUGGCCAACAUUGAGAAGCGGCUGUCUUUACUACUGCAGAGCCUUGAGAGCAUCCCUGAAGAAAAACUGGAGUUAAUGAAGAAGAUCAAGGACAGCGAGAGGAGGACCAGGGAGCGUGAAGACAAGCUGAGAGAGCAGAGAGAAAAACAGAAAGAAAGGAUGAGGAGGUACUCGGAGAGAUCGCUGGCUGACUCCAAGAAAAUCAGUGGGAAAAAGCUCAUGCCCAGAUAUAUGCCUGUUACCCAGAGAGUCAAAGUCAGCAACAUGGACAGCAUCCCGGCUCAAGAUGAGAUUCACGAAUACCUCUUUGGCCCUGAGAAUACGGACUGAUAAAAAAAAUACAAAAAAAAUAACUGAAAGUGCUAUCAUGCCUCAAACGCAAAAGCUGAAGAGUGAUCA